AUGACAACUCCAUCGAAGGUCACGGCCGCGGAGCCCGGGCUGCUGGAUCUCGCGGGCACCCCCACAUCGCCCUGGUGGAAGGACGGCGGUCUUAGGAAGCUCAUCUUCUGGCAGACGUGUAUUCUCGCGUGCCAGAUUACCGUCGGGUACGAUGAAGUCAUUGUUGGUUCUUUCCAGGCGUUACAGCCCUGGCAGGAUGCCAUGGGAAACCCGUCCGCCGAGAUCCUGGGUUUGAUCACUUGCACGGUCUUCAUUGGUGGUUUUGUCGGUGCACUGCUCGCGGCGGCCCCGGCAGAUCGCUACGGCCGUCGGUUUGCGAUUCAGAUCGGGUCGUUCCUGGGUGUUGUCGGAUCGGCCAUGCAAGCCGCGUCUCCCAACCGCAGCGUCUUCAUCGGAGGCCGCGCCGUUCUCGGUGUCGGUUUGUCCUUUACCACAACGGCUGGGCCGAAUCUGUUGAACGAGCUGGCUCAUCCACGGUUGCGCGGAAAGAUGGCUUCAAUGUUCAACGUGCUGUGGUAUCUGGGCUCCAUCAUCGCGUCCUGGCUGACAUUCGGAACUGGCCACCUCUCGACUGCCUGGUCAUGGAGGAUCCCGUCUAUCGCUCAAGCCAUCUUUCCUUUCCUCCUCAUGAUCGCCACCAUCUUCAUCCCCGAGUCACCCCGCUGGCUCUGCUUCAAGGGACGCCAAAGCGAAGCUAGGGCGUUCCUCGUCAAGUACCAUGCCAAUGGUGACGAGCAUGACCCCACGGUUGACCUCGAGAUGCAUGAAAUCGCCACGGCCCUGCACCUGGAGGAGCAGAGCAAGAUGUACACCUGGUCCAACCUCCUUAAGUCCAAGGCCAAUCGGCGCCGCCUCGGUAUCUGCGUCUCGGUCUCUUUCUGUACUCUUUGGUCAGGACAAAGUGCCAUAAGUUACUAUUUUUCGCCCAUCCUCAACUCGGUCGGCAUCACCAGCACCACGCAGCAGACGGGUAUCAACGGCGGCAUGGCCAUCUGGAACCUCAUCUGCUCCGUCACCGGCGCCUUCCUGGCCGACGUCAUCGGGCGCCGCAAGCUGUGGAUGACGUCCUUCGUCGGCAUGAUCCUGGCCAACGUGCCGCUGACGGUCACGAGCGCCAUGUACGCGAACCACGGCUCGCAGGCGGCGGCCUACGGGACGGUCGUGUUCCUGUUCCUGUACAACGCCGCCUUCAACGUCGCCUGCAACCCGCUGCUGUACUGCUACACGCCCGAGAUCCUGCCGUACAGCAUCCGCAGCAAGGGGCUUGCGCUGCAGGUGCUGACGAGCCAGAUCAUGCUCACGGUGAACCAGUUCGUCAACCCCAUCGCGCUGGAGCGCAUCGGGUACCACUACUUCAUCUUCUACCUCGGCAUGCUGUUCCUCGGUCUCGCGCUCAUCUACUUCACGUUCCCCGAGACGAAGGGGUACUCUCUGGAGGAGUUGGGCAUGCUUUUCGAUGACGACUUUGACGUCCGGCCUUCUGUUCUUCAUGGUAAGGAUGUUGAGAAUACUGUGGUUCAAGACGAUACGAGCAAAGACAAUGUCAAGGUUGUCGAGGGUUGA